AGCCGUGGCGGGAGUUUCCAGCAUGGCGGUGCAGCCGAAACAGAACCUGACCCUGGACAGCGCAGCCGAAAACGGCUUCCUCAACUUCUUUUUCUCUUUGUCGGAGAAGCCGGACACGACUUUCAGAAUAUUCGACCGUAAUGAUUAUUACACGGUCCACGGAAAAGACGCUACUUUUGCGGCGAAGGAGGUUUUUAAGACGAAUGGAGUCAUCAAAUAUCUGGGCUCAGGCAGCCGUAAGCUGGAGAGUGUGGUCCUGAGCAAACUGAACUUUGAGGCCUUUGUGAGAGACCUGCUGCUGGUGAGACAGUACAGAGUGGAGGUGUACAAGAACCACAGCAAGAGCAGCAAGGAGCAUGACUGGAAGCUGGAGUACAAGGCGUCUCCAGGAAACCUGACUCAGUUCGAGGAGGUUCUGUUCGGCAGUGGAACCGGGGCUGAAGGCUGCGCUGGGGUCGUGGCCGUGCGGUUUUCUACAGGCUCUGACGGACAGCGCGUGGUCGGGGUGGGAUACGUGGACGCUUCCCAGAGGAACAUGGGAGUGUGCGAGUUCCCCGACAACGAGAUCUUCUCCAACCUGGAGUCGCUGCUCGUCCAGAUCAGCCCUAAAGAGUGUCUCCUGGUUCAGGGUGAAUGCAGCAGCGAUGGCGGCAAACUAAGAGAGGUGGUGCAGCGUGGUGGAAUGCUGCUCUCUGACAGGAAGAGAGCGGAGUUCAGCAGCAAAGACAUGGUUCAGGAUCUAAACAGGCUCCUCAGGGCCAAGAAAGGAGAGACCGUGGCCAGUAACACACUGCCUGAGCUGGACAAACAGGUGGCAAUGUCGUGUUUGGCCGCCGUGGUGCGAUACCUGGAGCUGCUCUCUGAUGAGUCCAACUUCAACUCCUUCAGUCUGACCACGCUGGGCCUGGGUCAGUACAUGAGGCUGGACAACGCCGCCGUCAGGGCCUUGAACCUGUUCCAGGGGUCACCUGACGACACCAGCGGAGCUCAUUCAUUGGCCGGUUUGUUGAACAAGUGUCGAACCCCUCAGGGUCAGAGACUCGUGAACCAGUGGAUCAAACAACCGCUCAUGGACAAAACCAGGAUCGAAGAGAGACUGGACCUGGUGGAGAGUUUCGUGUGCGACUCGGAGCUCAGACAGACGUGUCAGGAGGAUUUACUACGGCGGUUUCCAGAUCUCCACCGUCUGGCCAAGAAGUUCCACCGUCACACGGCCACGCUGCAGGACUGUUACCGCGUCUACCAGGCCGUCGGACACAUCCCCGCCCUCAUCACGGCCCUGGAGAGGCACUCAGGCAGUUUUCAGGUCCUGUUGGAGGCCGUGUUCUUGGCUCCUCUCAGAGACCUUCAGACCGACUUCACCAAGUUCCAGGAGAUGAUUGAAACCACGCUGGACAUGAACCAGGUCGACCACCACGAGUUCUUGGUGAAGGCGUCCUUUGACCCGGUUCUGAGCGAACUGAGGGAGAAGAUGGACGACCUGGAGCAGAGCAUGCAGGCGGUGCUGAACGGCGCUGCACGAGAACUGGGUCUGGACGCCGGUAAAACGGUGAAACUGGAGUCAAACGCCAUGUUGGGUUUUUACCUGAGAGUCACCUGUAAAGAGGAGAAGAGUCUGAGGAACAACAAGAAGUUCACCACGCUGGACGUCCAGAAGAACGGAGUCCGAUUCACAAACAGUAAACUGAGCUCCUUGAACGAGGACUACAUGAAGAGCAGGGAGGAGUACGAGGAGGCCCAGAACGCCAUCGUGAAGGAGAUCAUCAGCAUCGCCUCAGGUUACGUGGAUCCCCUCCAGACGCUCAGUGACGUCACGGGGCAGUUGGACGCCGUGGUGAGUUUCGCCGUGGCGUCCGUGUCGGCGCCGGUGCCGUACGUCCGACCGCAGCUGCUGGACGAUGACAGCGGCGUCAGACGACUGGAGCUGCUGCAGGCGAGACAUCCGUGCAUGGAGACGGACGCAGACACCGCCUUCAUACCCAACGACAUCAGCUUCGUCCAAGGAGAGAAGAGUUUCUACAUCAUAACAGGACCGAACAUGGGCGGUAAGUCCACGUUCAUCCGUCAGGUGGGUGUGAUCGCGCUGAUGGCUCAGAUCGGCUGCUUCGUGCCGUGCGAGAAGGCGGAGCUCAGCGUGAUUGACAGCAUCCUGGCCAGAGUGGGAGCCGGAGACAGUCAGAUCAAAGGAGUGUCCACGUUCAUGGCCGAGAUGCUGGAGACGGCCGCCAUCCUACGCUCGGCCACAGAUAAGUCUCUGAUCAUCAUUGACGAGUUGGGCCGAGGCACGUCCACCUACGACGGCUUCGGUCUGGCCUGGUCCAUCAGCGAACACAUCGCCUCCAGGAUCGGCUGCUUCUGUCUGUUCGCCACUCACUUCCACGAGCUGACGGCGCUCGCCGCCCAACAGACCACCGUCCACAACCUGCACGUGACGGCGCUCACCUCCCACAACACGCUCACCAUGUUGUACCGAGUCCGACCAGGCGUGUGUGACCAGAGUUUUGGGAUCCACGUGGCUGAGCUGGCCGCGUUCCCGCCGGCGGUGGUUGCGGCGGCAAAGGAGAAGGCGGAGGAGCUGGAGGAGUUUCAGGAGCCGGUGGGGGGGAAGUUGGAUCAGGACGACGAGCCCGAGGCCAAGAGACGACGGACGGACAAACAAGAAGGUGAAAUCCUGAUCCAGGACUUUGUGGAAAAGGCCAAGUCGCUCCCCGCGGCCACCAUGACGGACGAGGAGGUGAAGGCGGAGCUCGGGAGGAUGAAGAAGGAGCUGGUCGCCAAGGGCAACGCUUACAUCACAGAGAUCCUCGCACGUUGUGUUCCUGUAAAAUUCGACUAGAUUUAGCCCCACAGUUCAUUUACUUCAGCGUAAAUGGUGUUUGUAUAGUUUUUCAAUAAAGAAUAAUCACUGGAAACAUUUGA